AUGAUGGACAACGAAAAGACUAUCCAGCGUAACCCGCAUCCCGACUUCAAGAAAGUCGAAGCGUCGAGACCGGACUGGAAGGAGACAAAGCUUGAGUUCACCAAGACAAAGAAUCCUGACUGGAAGCUUGGUGAUGGCCCGAAUGACGGCGGGGAAAGCCUCAAGAAAGAGCAUGUGGAAAUUGAUCCUUACGCCGAAGGGAGGCCAGCGGCUUUCAACUACAAGCUUUUGAUCAGCGCAAUCGUUCCGCGUCCCAUUGGAUUUCUGAGCACGAGAUCCAAAGACGGUUCGAGCACGAACCUCGCUCCUUUCAGUUACUUCAACGUCAUCAACCAUGACCCGCCUCUCUUCAUACUGAGCUUCGCCGGCGGUUGGCAGCAAGCAAAGGACAGUCUAAAGAACCUCAAGGACACGGAGGAGUGCACUCUGAAUAUCAUCUCAGAGCAUUUUAUCGAAGCCGCCAACGCAACAAGUAUCAACUCGCCUUACGGCAUCUCAGAAUGGCCCUUGACCGGCCUGCACCCAGCGCCUUGCACGGAAGUGAAAGCCUCACGCGUGAAGGAGGCCAUUUUCUCUGUUGAGGCAAAACUGGUCGAAACCCGGGAGUUUGAGAGCCGCGUUACGCCGGGCAAGAAGACGAAUGUUCUGGCAAUUGUGGAGGGCGUCAAGUUCUGGGCGAGAGAGGACGCAAUCAACAACGACAAGAAUUUGCUUGAUCCGGCGGUCCUGCAACCCAUGGCUAGGAUGGGUGGCAUCUCUUAUGCACGAGUUACCGAAGCGAUCGAAUUGCCGCGUCCAGACUUUGAGACGAUGAUGGCUGAGCAGAACGCGGAGAAGCUCAAGCUUCCAAAGGCAGAUGGACAGUGA